AUGGACAACGCAGAGGAAAGAUCUCCGUUGCUGGAGAGGAAGCUCAGCGCGAAGACUAAAGUCGCGUAUGCUUUGGGACACAUUUUCAAUGAUCUCACGGCUGCCAUGUGGUUCUCGUACACGCUUAUCUAUUUUCAAAGGGUGGCCCUGUUGACACCCAUCACUGCUGGCGCUCUUUUACUAUUAGGUCAAGUGGUGGACGCCUUCAUGACGCCGGUUUUCGGACUGCUGGUCGACCGGUACCUAAAGAAGAAGAUAUGGCACGUUAUCGGUUCCAUCAUGGUCGUCUUAACGUUUCCAAUGAUCUUCGGUGGUUUCGUCAAUGCCUCAAGUGCAGCAAUUAUGCUCGUCUACGUAGUCAGCAUCGCUACGUUCCAAACUGGCUGGGCAGCUGUACAAAUAUCUCAUUUAUCUAUGAUCCCGGCAUUAACAAAUUCGUUAUUAGCACGAGCUGAUUUAACCGCGAUACGGUAUUCGGCUCAAGUUGGUGCAGCCGUGGCAGUGUUCGUUGUCACAUGGAUCGUUCUGCCCACGAACGAGGAAGCAGUGGUGCGAUUGGCCCAGCAGGACAGUUAUAAAUUCAGGAACAUCGUGAUAACUCUAACGUCCAUAGGUCUGACAGCCACCGUAUUGUUCCACGUGUUUCUCAAAGGGAGUCUCUUAGAAAAUUUGAAUCCUCAUAAAGGAAACGUCGAGGAGUCUAAAAGACUGAUCGAUAAUCCUUCGAACAAUCGUGGCUCAUGGGUCAGUACGACGAUUUUGCUUAGAGUUGCUAUGCUGUACGUGGCGAGCAGGCUGUUCAUCACUUUGGCCACCGUGUAUUUGCCCUUGUAUAUAGAGGAAACGGAUGUUGAUGGUAAAGCAGCUCUAGCUACUGUUCCCUUGGUCUCCUAUCUGUCCUCUUUUGUCGCUGCAUUGUCGCUGAAAUACGUAAACAAAUCAUGCGGUACAAAGGUGUGCUACUUCUUAGGUACUUUAAUCGGCAUAUUUUCCGCCGCCAUCGCUGAAUACGGUGGAAAUUCAAGGAUAGUCAUAUAUGUCGUGGCAAUUUUAAUCGGCAGUGCAAGCUCGAUCACAAUGGUAACGGCACUGAGCGUAACGGCGGAAAUAAUUGGUCCGCGAACGGAACGAAGCGCUAUAGUAUACUCGAUGGUGACUUUCCUCGAUAAAGUUGUCACAGGGCUGGUCGUUAUCUGUAUCGAGAAAUGGAGAUGUAAACAACCAGCGCUUUGUCCAAAUUACAACAGAGACAGUUUAGCCCUUGUUUGCGUUCUCUCGAUGUUACUGGGACUCAUUACGCUACUGUCGGUAUCGCGGUGUCUAAAUUAGAAAUAUUAAACGGAC